AUGCGGUGCCGGCUGCAAAUGCUCUUCCAGAGGAAAUUUAAAAUCAGCUUUCUCUUUCUUCUGUUCUUGGCCCUUCUCGUGCACCUGGUGGUGGAUUUUGCUCUCCCCACAACCCGCAGGUCCUGUGGCUGCAAUACUAAAGCAUCAGAAGCUGUGGGUGUCCCGUCAGGCAGCCCCAUGCCGGGUGGCAUCAAAAAGCUGAGCCUGCGAAUCCUUCAGGAUUUCAGUGGAAGCAACGGCUCCUUGGAGAAAAGUUCCCAGCCAGAGAGAGCGGGGCUGCACUUAAGGGCUGGAGAGCCAGGGGUCCAGCAGCAGCAUGAAGAGGCAAAUGCAGGGUGGACCAAGGGAUCAAAGCUGGCAGCACUCUUCGAGCACCCUCUUUACAACAUCCCAGUCCCAGAGGUGACAGAGAAAGACAAGCUGUUUAUCGUCAACCCCAUGGAGAAGUUCAGCCUGCGCAGCAGCGGGAGUGAUGAAUGGGUCAGCAGCAGUAAAGCCGAGACGCUCCUCCCGACAGGGAAGACAGCCUAUGACACCUACCCCACCUGGCUCAAAUUCCACAUCGGCAUCAACCGCUAUGAGCUGUACCCCCGCCGGGACCCCUUGUUGCCUGCGCUCCUCCGGGACCUGGCCACGCAAAGGAUCAUCAGCUCAGUCCAGAAGUCCGGCGGGACCCAGCUCAAGCUCAUCAUGACGUUCCCAAACUAUGGGCAGGCCCUCUUCAAGCCCAUGAAGCAGACCCGGGAGCAGGAGACCCCCAUUGACUUCUUCUACUUCUCAGACUUUGAGCGGCACAAUGCAGAGAUUGCAGCCUUCCACCUGGACAGGAUCCUGGAUUUCCGGCGAAUCCCCCCAGUUUCUGGCCGUUUGGUCAACAUAACAAAGGAAAUUCGGGAUAUCACCACAGACAAGAAACUGGCCAAGACUUUCUUCAUCUCCCCAGCGGGUAACGUCUGCUUCUACGGGGAGUGCUCCUACUACUGCUCCACCGAGCACGCCCUCUGCGGCAAACCGGACCGGCUGGAGGGCUCCAUGGCUGCCCUGCUCCCUGACAAGACCCUGGCCAAGCGCCGCUCCUGGCGCAGCCCCUGGCGCCGCUCCUACCACAAGAGCAAGAAGGCUGAGUGGGAGCUGAACCCCAACUACUGCGCUCAGGUGCGAGAGACGCCGCCCUACGACAGGGGCCAUCGGCUCCUCGACCUCAUCGACAUGGCCAUCCUCGACUUCCUCAUGGGCAACAUGGACCGGCACCACUAUGAGACCUUUGAGAAAUUUGGGAAUGACACUUUCCUGCUCCACCUGGACAACGGUCGCGGCUUCGGCACACACUCGCGCGAUGAACCGUCCAUCCUGGCCCCUCUCCAGCAAUGCUGCAGCAUCAAGAAGUCGACUUACCUGCGGCUGCAGCUGCUGGCCACGCAGCCCUACCGCCUGAGUGACGUGCUGCGGGAGGCGCUGGCCGCAGAUCCACUGGCCCCUGUGCUGGCUGAGCCCCACCUGCAGGCACUGGACCGGCGCCUGGGGAAGGUGCUGGUGGCGGUGGGACACUGCCUGGCCAGGGCAGCCCACCAGGAAAAGGUGCUGGUGGACGAUGUGGGGUCGUGGGUGUGAUAGGGGCUGGGUACCCUGCUGGAUUGGGCUGUUGUGGUGUGCUGCUGAGGGUGAUGUGGGGAUCGAUGUGCAGCUCUGAUUCCGUGUAGCGUCAGCUUUUGGUGGUGCCCGAGCUGGU